AUGUUCCCAUACACUCCAGAUAGUCCAGAUUCAAUCUAUCACCAGGAAGACAAUGCUACAGCAUGUGAAAUAGCCCCCCUCGGUAUGGGUUGGUUCAUAUCUGAAUUGUCUUGGUGAUCAAUUCUUACGAACCAAAAACGUCAAGAUUAUUAUCAAUUGCUCUCCAUCUUACGCAUUUUUCCAUGAAUUGGAAUAUUCAGACGUGUCUAUUCCCUCGGACCUAGUGGUACUUUCACUUGAUCCAAGUUUUAAUAUGGACAGUCACUCGCUGGUCGAGCAAACUUUCCUUAUGAAAACGGUUGCCAAAUUUAAUCGAGUACUUCAAAACUAUAUAACCCAUUUCUAUGUCAACAAUCAAACCCCGGGUUAUGAUGUCAUUCAUAAGCUGAUCAACAAUACCAUGUUACAAGUGGCAAGUCCCAUCUUGGCAGGGAAUUUACAAGCACUGUUAUUCCAAGCCAAUCGGAUUAUCAAGCUUUUACGUAACAUCAAUUCAUCAGUGGAAGUAUUGAUUGUUUCGCGCGAACCAUUUGGUAAUAGACUUACGACUGCACUUGGAGUUUCAUAUUUAAUGGAUAGUUAUGGAUUUGAUCUUCCCACAAGUUUACGUCAUAUUCAAUUACGUGAUCCAAAAUUUUCUCCCCUUAACAUCAAUUACUAUGAAGAUUUAUUAAUUGCAGAAAAUUUAAAGAAAUUCCAUACAGAAAAUUUGGCCAUAAAGCAAAAUUCUGGUGGGGUUUUGACCUCAAAUUUUAAAUUGAAAAGGAGACAACCUGAAGAUUUAGGAGAUGAGGAAGAUGCCAUGGAAAUAGAAAUGAUUAGCAACAAAAAGAGAAGGUGA